AGAAUACUAGAUCUCCGCAGAGAUUGAAAGGUGACACCUUUCCGUCCACUUCAUUUUGUCCGCAAGCUACCAUUUCACGUCUGUUCGCUUCAUUCUCAACCCAAGAGGCUUUGGAAUAUUGUGUUCAGUUGGAUUCCACCUUUUUCCCCCCGAUUUGAUCGAAGGCGAAGCGUAACUAAUUCAAGAAAUAAUGUCGGACGCAGCAGAGGGAAAGUCGAUUCAUUGGGUUGCCCUGGAAUCGAACCCGGAGAUCUGUUGAAUACAUAAUAUAUCUUUUUCCUUUCCAUUUUACCACAGGUUAUGUCAAAGCUUCUCAUUAAACAGUUCCUGUUUUCUAGCACACACAUCCCAAUUGUCAAGAUUAUUAUCCUCACUUAAUUGUAUAUGCACACUAUUGGAAUGUCCAAGGACUGGUUCUUCUCUGAUGUGUAUGGUCUCUCCGAUGAAUUACUUAUGAUGGUUCCUCCCUCUGCAGCAGCUGUUAUCUUAUGCUUCCCAUAUGGUGAUAAGUACAAGAAUUUUGCAAAAGAGGAACAGGAGAAAAUCGAAAAGGAUGGACAAACUCUAAGUGAUAAUGUAUACUUUAUGAAGCAGACAAUCCGCAAUGCAUGCGGGACUAUCGGUGUGCUCCAUGCUGUCCUCAACUGUAAAGAUAAAAUUCCUAUAGCUGAUGCAUUGAAUGCCUUCUAUGAGGAAACUAAGGGAAGGAAUCCUGAGGAAAGAGGCAAGAGUCUUGAAUCUAAUGAGAAGAUCGCUCAAGCUCAUGGAGAGAGCUCACAGGAAGGCCAGACAGAGGCACCACAGGCAGAAGAUGAUGUAUUCCAACAUUUCAUAGCCUUUGUAGAGAGAGAUGGAUGUGUCUAUGAACUGGACGGGAACAAAAAGUUCCCCAUCAAUCAUGGACCAAUACAGGAUGGCUUCUUGAAGUCCGCAGCCAAAGCCUGUCAGAAGUUCAUGGACCGAGACCCGAGCGAACUCCGCUUCACCAUCAUGGCUCUCAGUGACAAUGCUUAAAUCCUAUCCAACAUCUGUAAGCAGUGCUUGUACCAGUGGCUGAAUGUCAUGUGAUCUCUUGUGUGAUAUACGUCAUCAUGUGAUAUGACAUGUGAUAUGUCAUACAUGUAUGUCAUGUGAUAUCUCAUGUGGUAUGUCCUGUAAAGGUCAUGUGAUACAUCAUGUGUCAUGUCAUGUGACAUGUAGGAAUAUAUAUUGUUAGGAGUAUGGGGUAGGACAAGGUCUCUUUGCCCAAUAUAUUUCAUCAUAUUGCUUUCACAAGCAAGAUAAAGCAAGUUAUCAUUAUACAUUUACACUGAAUAUCAGUAAUUUUGUGUAAAAUGGAUGUCAGACCUUAACUUUCUUGUGUCUUUUAGAUAAGAUCUUAGUCAAACCCACAGAAUAUCUGUGAAAGUUGUCUAAACAGAUCGGAUUUGCUCAGUCAUUGCCUUCUGCGAACCAGAUACAAGUGAGGUUGUGAUGUAUUUUGUGCUGCUAAAAUAUUGAAAUAUCUCUGAGAUUACUGCAGUUGAGAUUGGUUGAUGAAUAGUGUUUGCUUGUAUAUGUCAAACAUAAUACAGGUUGUGGCAAGUAUUAAAAAAUUUGUAAAUGGUAGAUUGUAUCAAUGGCUCAAACAUAUACACAUAAAUUGUUCAAUAUUCCAAAAGUGCUGAUGAAAAAUGGUUUAUGUAUUUAAAAGCAUAUUCCUAUUAGUUUAACUAUACAAUAUUGCCUUCUGUAUAGUAAUAUGAAAGGAGAUAAGAAAGAAAGAAAGUACAUAUGAAGAAAUUAUUUGUGAUGAAUAGUGUAGUAGCAUGGCAUCAAAACAAGCUUUUGUUUUUCAGGUGAUAUGGUAAAGACAGGCAUACAUGAUAUGAGAAUGUACAUUGUCCCAUCUCUAAGACCCUUGUCUUGCUUGGACUUGUGAAUGAUCCAACCAAUCUGCCAUGUCAUUUUUUUAUUUAUUUUCUUCUUUAUCAAAACAUUAUAUUUUUCCUCACAUAACAAAGAAUAUGCUUAAUAUUGCAUUUUAAAAUGAAUCAUAGAUUUAUGUGUACAAAUAUCAUUUCAAAUCAAAUUGUCAUAACAUUCCCAAUCUGCAGGAGGGACAGGAUUUAUCAUUAAUAUAAGCUAAUUAAUUAGCUGUAAUUAGAUGACAUUGUCACUUCUUAAAGCAAAAGGAGUAUAGUGAUUGGUCAAAUGACUGACCAAUGCAUGCAAUCAAUCCUAUUUAGAAAAUACUGAUUUUAGAUUGUGUUGGUUGCGCUCUAUAUUUGAGCUUGAUUGGAUCAAUCUAUCAAUACACAGACCCCAUAUUUCACAUUGUAAUGCAGAUUUCGCCAGCUACCUUCAUGUACACUGCACAUGAGACUGUUUAUGUAGCAUAGGCCAAUGUACAGUUUGAAAACAUUGUUUUGUAUUUAUACGAUUGCCUGGUUGCUUUCUUUGAUUAUGAAGAAAGAAUAUCAAGAGGAUGAAUAUUUCGUUAUAUUUUUGUAUUUAAGUUGUAAAGCUCUGCUAUGGACAACUUUAUUGUUUGUGUUGUAUUGUUCCAUUGCAGCUUUCUCAUUGUAUAAUUAAUGUCAAGUAUGUUUCUGUGAGUUUACAUUCAAUACACUGUCUACCCUCUACAACUUAGUCAGGCCAAAUUGAAUGUCUAACUCUAACAAAAAUAGGUUGGUUGGUGGUUCACCACGUGGGUAGUCCUGGGGUCUGUUUCAUGAAGACUUGUUUGUAACAAAUUCACAUAUGACAGUUAAAAGCUACUGAAAUCCAUCAAUCUGAUUGGAUGACAGUAAAUUUGUUAUAGAAAUGGCACAUUUGUACAUUUUGUUAUGAUGGCAAGUAUUUAUGAAAUGGGAUCCUGGAAGGGACAGUUGAGAUGGAGAAAUGAAGAGCUAGACUAAAAGCAUAGAUGAGGCGUAUGCUCAAGAUUUAUGAGGAAGGGUUAAUUUCUUAAAAGGAUUGUAACCAAAUAAGGUACAUCGGCUUGAACACGAGGAGAGUAGAAAAUUCAAAAAGUGAAUGCUCCCCCUCCAAUUCAAUAUAAAUAUUGUGAAUAACAUUUCCCAAGUAUAAAUGUAUGCAGUGUGGCAUUGAAGUCCCAAUGUAGUAAACAUAGCAGAGCAUAUUGUGUUGCCUUUGCAAUAUAUACAGUAAUGUAAUAGGCUAUGCAUAUUCAAAAUUACAUGUACAGUGUACUUAUAAAGUCGUGAACGCAUUUAUGCAUCUGUGUACGCAGUCAAAGUUUUGAUGUUAACUAUAAGGUUAGUGCAACCAGGGCUCUGCAACUGCUCUAACUGGGUUAUGCACAAUAGUUUUGAGAGGCCAACUAUUGUGCAAAAACAAUAUGGCCCCUGAAAUGGUAUCGUGUAUGAUAAUCUGGCUGGAUCUGCUCCUGCUAUUUUAAAUCUUCAAAUGCCCGCAGCAACAUUAUAAGGCCUGAUGUGGACUAAACUGAAUGCCGCUAUUGUGAAAUCAUUGCAAUACUUAUAUGCACAUAUAUUGCUCCAUGCCAGAUCUGCAUACUGUAUAAAUAUCUGUAUCCAUCGAUUUAAAUUAAUAAUACACCUGAAAAUUUUAAUCAUAUGUGUGCUACUCAGGCUGUAUUCAAGUUUCUGAAAGACAAUCUACAUACUUCAUAGGAUGUCUCAAUUGUGAGUUGUCCCAUGUAAUUGCAAGCUUGUCAAUUAGAAAUCAUCACUGAAUGGACCAUGAAAUGUAUUGAGAUCACUAGAUAAACGAUAUAUUCCUGAAAUGAACAUUGCUACAUGGAGAUGAUAGAGCUCAGUCUGAAUGCUCAGUGGUAACAUUGUAUAUGUAAAACAGUCAAAUUGUGAUAUCACAUAAAUUAUUAAUAAAGAAACUAAUUUGAAGGGCAUUGUGACAAUCAUUUUAAAAUACUAUACUUGCUCGAUUGACAAAUGUGACGAUAUCUGCUAUCCAUGUGAUAUGUGGCUACAUGUCUAAAUAGUGUAAAUGUAUGUUGUAAUGUGAAUACUGUGAUCUAUCUGCAUAUAUGUGCUAUUAAACUUGCAUACAAUGCA